CAACUCACCUACUUUCGAACUCAAACUUAUAUAAUCUUUAAUAACCAUUUCUUCUUAUUCCACUACUAAAAGUGUAGAACUGGAACACGAACUCGAACUAUAACUACUGUAUAUUUGUUUAGUUUAUGGACUACUUCAGUCAGCUUACAGACACGUGUCACUACGUGGUGGAGAGCAGUAUCUCAGACAACAAUAUUAAUUACAAGGAAGGAAGUUCAUCACCAUUUUCGUCGGAGGAAGCGUCGCGAGGAGCUUCGCAUUCCGACGAGGAAGUGAUACUGGCAUCGAACAGGCCUAAGAAGAGAGCUGGGAGAAGGGUUUUCAAGGAGACGAGACACCCUGUUUAUCGAGGCGUGAGGAGGAGGAACAACGACAAGUGGGUCUGCGAGCUUCGCGAGCCCAAUACGAAGACCAGAAUAUGGCUCGGCACUUAUCCCACCCUCGAAAUGGCAGCGCGAGCCCAUGACGUGGCGGCCAUUGCUUUCCGUGGAAAGUCCGCUUGCCUUAACUUCGCGGACUCUGCCUGGCUGUUGCCCAGGCCGGCCUCGCUUGAUGCUAAGGACAUACGCGCCGCUGCGAGGGAGGGCGCCGAGGCGUUUAGGCCUGCUGAAUACGGCGGCGUUUCGGAGGAGAAGCAGAAUGAAAAUGAAUCUGUGGUGGUGGUGGAUGAGAGUACCGAGAAAAAUGAAAGUGUGUUUUUUAUGGAUGACGAUGCCACGUUGGACAUGCCAGGCUUUUUAGCUGACUUGGCAGAAGGUCUACUGCUUCCUCCUCCAUACAAUUAUUUCAGCGCAGAUGACGUGGAAAAAAAUGAUGACAUGUCGUUGUGGAGCUUUUCGUUUUGAUACUCUUCGAUAGUGUAGUUGAAUAACCUUUCACCUUUUUUUAUGGAUGAAAGGUCGUUUUUCUCUGUUUCUUCAUUAUUUCGUUUUAGGUUAAUAUUUUUGUUCCUUUUUCCAAAUCUUGAUAAAUUUGUAAGACAUAGAUUUGGAUUGAAUAUAAUAUGUAUAAAUAAAUAUGUACUUUUUAGAUGUA